CUUGCAUAUCUUGGUUUCCGACAGAUUUUUAUCCAAUAUUAUCUUAGGACGGACAUUUGUAUUGCAUUCUGUAACGCAAUGUUUUUGCAGGAACUUCAUCUUUUUUUUUUUAAUCAAACACGUUUUUCUUAAAUUUUCCCACAGCGAGUUUUUUGAGGGCAGAUGUAGUGAUGAUGUGACGUCGAGCAAUGAAGUUGAUGGAGGACAGGCGUGCUCUUGGGACGGCCAUGGUAGGCCGAGGACGCCAUGAGGAAAUGCCCUCAAGAAAGCAUAUCCUGGAAUUAAAAACUCACCCCCGAGGAAACACAUUUUUCCCACCUAUUUUUGUGUAGCAGCCCUGCUGAUGUCUUGCUACUAUAUAUGGAGAAUAAUGGGCGUUUCCGAUGCGACAGCCAGAAUACUCGGAACACGGAAGCGUUUCGAUACGUCUUUAUUUUGUCGUCAUAACUCCGAGUCUUGACGAGUCGCAGGCGUCCAGUGGUGCACUGUCGCAGCAGGCGGGAGAUCUGGAAUUUGUAUACUGCUCGUCUGCCGCUGAACAGCAGCUUUAACGUCAACACACUGGCUGCCUCCGCCCACUUUGCACAUGACCAAUCACAGGGCGAUCAACUAUAGCCUACUUUUCAUUUGUCAGAUUGACCUUGACAGCAGCGAAUAGCGGUGCUGGUGGGCGUGUCCAAGCGUGUUCGGUUGCGCUGGACGUCGCUCAUCAACUUUUGCUAUCAGCGGAGGCUCCGCAGAGCUGCAACUGAUAUUGCUCAAUAUCAUCAAUGUCCCGCGUCUCAGUCCAGCUCUUUUGACUCUCAGCCCACCAAUGGUGACUGCGAGAGAGCCUGCAUUCGCCGCGACGUCGACUCGCUCAGGAAAGGGCUUGGAAACAGGUUUUUUUUUUCUGCAGCGCUGGUCGUGGAAGGGCUCGCGGGAUGUGUUGCUAGGCUAGCCUCCCGAGCGAGCGAGCCAGCUUGUUUGUCCACCCGACGAUACUUUCGUUGACUACUAAAUCCUCCCAGCAUGCUGAUGGUGGGAGGACAUGGACGGAUGCACUAGAAUGAGUGUGAGGGAGCUGUGUGAGACGGAUGACCUGGCCACCAGUCUGGUGCUGGACCCUCUUUUGGGGUUCAGCACCCAUAAAAUGAACAUCAGCACACCUCCAGAGGUCCGCCGCUGGGGGAAUCUCAAGGAGACGCUCCUGCGUUUCCAGCGGACCCACGACUUCAGCGCGACGUUCGAGGCGCUGAUGGUUGGUGAGCUGGCCAGUGAAUAUUUCAACUCGCUGGGAACCCACCGGCAGGAGCUCCUGAGACAACAUGUGUAUCGAUACCUCAACGCCUUCCUGCUUGAGAGUGGAGUCAAGAUUGAGUCGUGCGACAGAUACUCCUCUGAGACCAAUGGAGCAAAGAUAACCUCCACCAGACACUGGUUCGCCGGGGAGCGGGUGGAGGUACUGCUGGGCUGUGUGGCAGAGCUGAGUCCCGCUGACAGCGCCGUGCUGCAGGCGGGAGUCAACGACUUCAGCGUCAUGUACUCCACACGCAAGCGCUGUGCACAGCUCUGGCUCGGCCCCGCAGCUUUCAUAAACCACGACUGCAAACCAAACUGCAAGUUUGUCCCCGGUGAGAAGAAUGGCGCCUGUGUGGAGGUGAUUCGUCCCAUCGCGCCUGGGGAGGAGAUCACAUGUUAUUAUGGUGCCAGCUUUUUUGGGGAGGGCAAUGAAAUGUGUGAAUGCUGUACCUGUGAGAAGAAAGGAGAAGGUCACUUCAGGCACAGAGGGAAGAAACCUGACAGCGAGGAGGCCAAGGACCCUGUGGGGCAAAAGUACCGCUUGCGAGAGCGAUACCUCCGUCAACACAGGGAGAAGGGACACUUCUCAUCCAAGCCUGGCUUACACUCAGCCAUCCCCUCCAGGAACUCCUUCACCCAGCAGAUGAGGAGAAACGCCUUGAAGAACCGGAAACUUCAUCAAACGAAGAGGUGGAGACUGGAGAAACAACGGCUCUCUGGAAAGCACUCUUGGAACGUUUGCGUGGACAAACGGCAGCAGGCGAUUCCCCCAGCUCCCCGUGUUGACAUGAAGGACCUCAGAGUCAGCGUACGCCGCCACUCAGUGGAGUUCCUGCUUAGCUGCAAGGAUCCAAAAAGCAAAGAGCGAGCCUUGCUGCUCCAGCUGGAGGAAGAAUAUCUGAAAGAUAAGAAAUUGACUGUUGAAUGUAACGGUGCCGAUAAAAAGGCUGUGGCUUCCAACUUGAACACUGUGGCAGCACUGCAAAAGCCUACACCAGAGGUGACAUGCCCAAACACAGAGGCAAUCAAAGUUUUGGAUCCACUGACCUUGUGUGGAUCGUCGAGGACAAGGAGCUGCGCUACGAUGGACUCUGGUGACGCAGCACGUGCCUCAGCCGCCAUUAACUGUGGAGAUAAAACUGGCCGUGGAAUAAGAGGAGGGAAAACACAGAAGAGUGAAACUGACGACACAAAGUCUGAAAUUACGCCAAAAACUGACAUCAACAAGAAUUCACGAAAUUCGCAGGUUUUGGUGGAGGGAUUGAAAAAAGCGCCCGACAAUCCGCUGAUCGCUCUAAAGCAAUAUGUUACUGUCAAUCUGUCCAGACUAUCAGUCCUGCCAAAGGUUCGUGCCGAGAAAACUGUAGAGGACAUUGCGGAGAGGGCUGAGCUGAGAGGAAAGAUGAGGCAGAUCCAGGGACUCAGGCCGCUUGUCCCAACAUUGCAGGCAGAGAAAAGGUGCCCUGGUUCUCAACACAUUCAAGUAGCAGCCUCAGAGACAACUGAAAGGAAGAGGGAGGUGAGGGAGUUGACUCCGCAUGCCACUAAAGGAAAGGUAAGGAAGCACCCAGCAAGUGAGCGUGUGGCUGAUUCAUCACAUUGUGAAAGAAAAGAUGAGGUUAGCCAAACGCAAAUUGCAUUGGGAAUAGAAUUGGCAUGUGCACAAAAAGACCAGAAAGCUGAUAUAACGGACAAAAGUGAGAAAAGAAACUCUGCAUCCAGUACAGAAUGUAAUAUUAAAAAGUCCCAGAGAGCCGUUGAAUGUGAAGUUGUUUUGUCUGGCAAAAAACAGGCAGAUGUGCAAAUGAAAGAACAGGAGCAGGGUGUUGUUGUUGUUAAACCUCAAGAGCAAUUUAGUACAAGUCUCAAGAGACUGCCAGCCUAUCUGCCUGCAGACGACAUUGUCAUUAAGCCAGCAAAGGUUCUAGUAUUGGAUAUCUUUAAAUUCAACAAACCUCUCAUUGAUAAAAUGUUACAGGGAGAGAUGUCUACCUCGUCUCCUGGACAACCACAAGCACAGGAAAUGCACAGAAGUAAAAUUAGGUGUGGGCGAAGUCGGCGCAUGGCACAGAAAAGGUUUAUAAAAAGACGAAGGAUGCAGCACAGGGCGGCAAAAGUGAAGGCUCAGGAGAAGAAAAGUACAAGAGGAAGCUUGUGCAAAGAGAGUCCAGUUACAAUCAAGACAGAGACUUUUGAAAGUCGGAUACUGUCAAAUCCGAGACGUGAAGGAGCGCCAGCCACCUGUCCAAAUAAUCUACCUCUGAAGUCGCAGAUUUCUGGCAAAACUCAGUGCCCUCCCCAGUCACAUUUCCAGUCCAACAUACCUCUGAAGAAACGUGCAUUUCACAGUUCUGUGGACUCUGAAGUCAAUCAGAAUGCUUUGUUAGACCGAGUUAUAAACCCACUGAACUUAAGAGAAACUAGACAAAAGCCCAAGUUGUGUUCAGAGGAGAAUAGCAGCUCCAAAAAAGACGAAAGAGGAAGGGUUUCCAGAUCAGAGACUCAGAAGCUGAACUCCAAGAGGAGUAUCCGGCAGACUGCGUUUAAGCGGGUUCUUCGGCCUAGAAGUACUGAAGAACAGCGAAGCCAUUUGAUGAGGAAAGUGAGAAAAUGUAAAAUGGAGGGGUCAGAUGAGGAUCAAAUGGGAAGUUCUGUGCCAUUCGUGAGCCAAGAGAAGGAAACAAUAGCUCCCCAUCAACACCAUUCGAAUACAAUUGAAAUAAUAUCCUUAAAAAGUGAGGAGGAAUCCUGCCAGCAAGAAAUACAUUCAGAGCCGUCAAAGCCCGAUCUCGAUUUUAGGAUUCGAUUCAAAAGAAGAAGAGGGAAAGUUUGGGAGUUGCAGUGCCCUGGAAUCGACACAGUGGCAUUUAAAGCUGAAAGGGUGGACGGUUUCAGUUGUGAUCCAUUCAAAGCCAUCAUGGACUCUGUGUCCAUUUUAAAUAAGGAGAUGCAGGAAGCUCAGGCACAUGUUCAGGCCAGUCGCAAGUCCAAAAAAAGGUUGCGCUUAAAGAAAAGACAUAAAGGUCCUGUUGAAGAAAACAAUACGGUCCCGCUUGUGGCAGAUAUUCCCAGAUCAACGGAACACAUACAUUUGGGUAGCAGUGGGGAAGGCCAGAAAAGCGACAGCUCUAGUGGUGAGGCUGUAUCAGUGAUAAGAAGAGAAACAAAAGUCGAAGCUGGUCCUUUCAGAAGCAGCUGCACCUUUGAAAGUGGUCCACAACACAAACUGUCGUCUGAAUUUGAUUGCAGUGGCCUUACUUUGCCUGUUCUCAAAUUACGGAGAAAAGUGCAAGAUAUUUGGGAGGUGGGCAGCCACGAUGACGAGCCAACCUCUCCUCAAUUCAAACCAGAGGCCAACAUAAAGAAUGAAUUCAAAGGUCAGACGCUCUUGAAGAAAGGGCUUCUAGAUGUCAACAAACUCAAAGAUGAGACGCCUCACAGACCGAGCUGCAACCUGGCCCUGCAAAAACCAGGGCCACUUCAGAUGUCUCUGUCCCUGUCUCCACUGUCCCUGUCAUCCCCUCUGACUGACAACAGGACUGAGGCGAUCAACGCUGCCACAAGUGUCAUCACUGAAAGACUGGAGAUGAACCAUGCAGGAAGGAGAGUGCGGCACAAAAUGGAGCGACCAAACAAAAGUGGACUGGUAGAAACACCCACUUGUCUCAGUCAUAGUCUUCAGCAGAUUGACAACAGUCUCUCUCGGCUGUCUGAGGGCUUGUGUUCAUCGCAGACUUUUGAAAAGUCCGCGUCCUCCAUCCAUGCCUCCUGUUCAGUCAAUCAGCCUCCAUCCAAGUCCCCUCCAUUUGCACCGGAGAACAUGCUGGCCACUGAGCCCUCCUUCCCUAAUGUUUGCGAUGAUAUUCUGGACUUUCAGUGUCUUAACUUUGAGGGUUACGACCAACCCCAGAAUAUACUCCCUUCCUCUCCGUCUGAUCUUUGCUCUCUGGAGCCACCAACAGACCCAUUUAGCAGCCCCCUUUCUCACAGCCCGUCUGACACCUGGAGUUCAGAAACUCCAUACCUGGGCCCACCAAGUCCAGGAAAUAAUUUCACCAGUGAAGAUCUACAGUUCUUUCCUGGUCUUGUCCCUUCAAAAGCGGGCUCUGUUCCCAUUGACUGUGAUUUAAAGGAUGCCCAAAAGGAGAGACUAGCUCCCAUCUCAAGUUUUACUUUCUCUGGUUUCUCUAGCUCUGAGUUAGCAAUGAAAGAUAGGAUUGUAAAUAAAAGUGCUGGAGCACGAUUGAGCAAAGAGGACAUCAAGUGUCAACCCCCGCCCAUCUUCAACAGGCCUCGAAUGUUUGGCACCGGAUCCUCUUCUGUUACAUCGCAACAAACACCAACCUCAAUGAAUGCCAAAGCAAGCAGCAGCCAGUCGAAAUCCCAGUCCAGCCUUAAAUCAAUCGGGCCUUUCCAUCGCGUGAGCGUUCCGACCAAAUCCAACAUUUUUUCUAGCACUCAACCGAAUACGCUCCGAGGAGUCUCCCAGUCUCCCUCUGCCAGGUUGGCUCCACCAUCUCAUCUGACAAACAAGUUUCUUGCGCCUCAACUGUUCACUUUAAAAAGUCCCAACCCCCCCGAUAGUCCUCUGAACUUCUCUGAGAAGCCCUCGUCAGUCAUUCACCGGGUGUUAAAGUUUCAAGGGGGGAACCAGACCCAGAACCUUUACAGUGGCCCAUGUAAGGAAUCCACUGGCAGCCCUCUCUGCUCCAAGACAUUCAGUCCAAGACCAGACGGUGGAGACAAGGCCAGUCAGAGACUUGCUGCUGGUGGGGAGCGUCUUCACAAAGGCCACAUUCCGCAUCAAAGCUUUGGAAAGGAUGUCAUCUAUCAUGGGUCUGAUGUCGGUGUCUCACGAUCCACCCUUCAGUCCCACACCGGCAAAUCAGACUCUUCAUUUACACAGUCCUUCAGUAAAAAGAUGCCAUCUGAAAAACACGAUGGUGGCGAGAACGUUUAUAAAAACUUUGCAGCAUUGCCAAGACCCUUCUUUUUCCCGAGCAAAGUCCCGGAGAGUUAUUUGCCACAACAGGACAAGAAUUGUAAGCAGGACAAACCCUCCCAUCUCAUCCAAGACAAGCACCAGCAAUUUUACACUCAGCAAGAUCCUUUUGACUUCAGUUUUGGCUCCAGCCUUUCGCCAAUGCCUCAACACCACGGCGCCCAAGCGGGCCGCACUACUCCUCCUGGAACACCAACACCAGCGAAUAAAAGUCAGUCAAACUCCCAGGCUUCUUUUUCGUAUGGUUAUCAAGGGCCUCCUUAUGUACUCAACUUCAGCGGGGAUCAUUCGCUGACCCUCGGCCUCAGGGAUGGCCCUGACGGUUACCCGGGCCUUGGCUCGACAAAUUACACCUACCACUGCCUGAUGGAGCCAUCAGGCACCCAAGGUCGGCUUGUCCUGGAACCAUGUGGACCGCAGCUGUCUAACCCUCCUUCCUUUUCUUUGGGGGGAUUCUCUGGGCAUAAAGGUCCAGAUGAACACUGCAGGAAAGACAUGCAGCAACAGCAGUUUCAAACUGGGGAGCACCAAAAUCUUCCCCACUACGGACCUGUUACAUCUUCUCACUCCAUGGGGUCCACAAAACCCCGCCGGGUGAGGCUAGUGGUCACAGAUAACAUGGUGGACUUGGAUCUCCAGUACUCCGACUGAUAACUGUCUCUCGUCUUUGCUCUAAUUUAUUGUCCCCAGAAACCCUGCACCUCAUUUUCUAGGAGAUUCUGGUCGACCAUGGUGGUUUGACUUGUUCACAAUUUUCUGUAACAUUUUAGCCAACUGUGAAUAAAAAACAGUAGAAUGGAUUUGUAGAUUACACCAUUUUAAAUAUAAUACUGUAUAUUACUACCUAUAUUUGUGACCCAGAUGAACUGGGCCCUCCUCAUCGGUAACAUAGGUAGAACUUUUAGACGUCGGUCACGUUGAUGUGUACCAGUGUUUUUUCCUCAGGCAGCUUUGUGCCUCUGUUUUUGGUAUGUUCGUAUGACUUUUUAAAUCACCUGGGGUGACAGCCGCCUCAAUUUUUAUAUGAUUGAUCUUUUCCUCACCUGUGCGCGUGCGUGUGCAUGCAUCUGGCGGCUGGUACGUGAGGGAUCAGAGUACGAUACCGUGUGUCGUUGGGCCUGACUUGGUGGAGGCAAAAGGCCCCUGCAUGUAGUGUUCAGUAAUAUCUAAUAUAUGUAUUCAAAUAUAUAAAUAUAUAAUAUUCAGCUUUUCUGAGUGAGAAUGUGACGUGAGUUGCAGCCUUUUAUUGCUGCUCCUGUUAAACCGUAAUUGUUUUUUUUUUUUUUGUUUGUUUUUUAAGGAGGCUUUUGAAAAUCAACAAUGUCAAGUGAGAAAGCUAGAAUUUCCCGACAUGUUUGACUGAAACGAAAUUCAUACACAUCUAAUGUCGCAUGAGGUUUGCUGCUUCAGUCACUUAAAAGUGUCUGAUUUAUUGCAAGUGCCCGCUUUGGACCAAACUGCCACGACAAAUCGGCAGAUGAUUACAGCUGGGACUGCAUUUUAUUUGGUCUCUUUGGAAUCUUUUCUGUUAGGUUCUGGCUUGUUUGCCUCAGCCACUAGAGGGCACACAUCGCUUUGGAAUAUUCAGUCACAGUUGCUUCAUCGGGCCAACUAAAGAUGACUGAGAGGGAUCCUUCCUCUCACCACAAGCACUUUCUGCAGAGGUCGUGAGAUGUAGUUUUCUGGCUGUAGUACAAAUCAAAAAGAAAGAAUGUUAAAUAGUACCAUAAUUGUCUCGCAGAUGAGUGGCGGAAAUGACUUUAUGUUUGGGCCAGUUUUAAAGGCGUUUUCGAACAAUCUGUUGAGCUGGUUUAUACCACAAGUUGACCUGCAUUUGUCGCCACCUCAGGCGGGUUUGUUAACGGUUGAUUGUUGAGGUGAACAUUCCUUGUUACCUUUCUGGCUGAUAUUCACCGACAGCACCCUGUGCUCUCGCCCAACAAGGCCAAUUAUUUAUUUUGAGUGUCCUCUCUCUUGAAAUGGUGCUUUAAUUUAUAUUUCACUUGUGCAGACUAUUAAAUGUUUCUAUGGUUAUUUAAAGGGGACAGAAUUAUUCUAUUGAUAUCUGAGUCAGACACCGUUCUUGUUUCAACUUAUCGGUAAUACUUUUUUCAAAAUUGUCGUACAGAAUAUCUGCUGUAGAAAUGUUCAACUGUAGCUUAUGAUAUUAAAGAUACUGAAUUACAAUUUUGG